GCUCAAACAUGUGACCCAGUUGCCCGGGUCAAUAGGAUUUUUUUUGCAUAAAUAUGCAGCCUACAAUAGUGAACGAACCCGCCUGACGCAAUUUCACCUUGAACGCAGGUCACGCCGCUACUGAAUAUAGCUUUUCAUAUCGUGUGGGAUUUUGGGGGUAGAAAUACAUGUACAUGUGCACAGGAUAAUAUAGUGCGCAUACUACAAUAGUGCAUUCACAUGUACAUGUACAUGUACAUGUACAUGAACUAUACGUGCCAUGAACUAAACGUGCAGGUAGAUUAAUGCAGUAAACGUGUAUAUCCACGUACGUACCGUACAGGUAUUUUAGGUGGAAGUGAAAGUACGUGCACGGCUUCAGUUGUUGCGGGUAUUUUUUUGAGAAGGAAUUGCUACCUGCAACUCGCCAUGAUGACUUGCUCCCGAUCAAUUUUGCUUUGCCUCGUGGUGUACAUUGUUGUUACGUGUGAGGUUGGCAUUAGGACUGUGAGUGCCGUUACAACCCCUUCCACGAAUGGGACUACACAUGUGAUGACGACCCAUUCUCCAACCACGCCUCCUGCAACUGCCACCACGAGCGUUCCCUUGACCACCCAGGCCCCCAAAGGUACAACCACAGAAGCUGGCCAAACGACCGGCAUGACGCCUGGAGACCAGACCAUGACGCCUGGGAACCAGACUUUCACCACAGCCGUGGCCGGCAACUCUACCGAGAACACAACGGGUUCGACCGCCGGGCCAACUACCGCAGUCCCCCUGCCUGAUACCCCAAGGUUCCAAGUCAACAAUUCUGAUGGCGAACCUUGCAUGUUGCUGAACUUCAACGCAACGUUGACAGUGAAAUAUCCGACGAAAAGCAUGGGGAUCCAAACAGCUAGGAUUCCUAUCAUGAAUUCAAACUAUACAGAGGGAUCAUGCAACAACGGGACUCUGAGAAACUUCACCCUGUAUUAUCCAAGCAACAACACGUAUUGUGCUUCCCUGACCCUGUCUUUCAACAUGACUAGCAACACAACAUACUACAAUCGUGAAGGACUUUAUCUUCGCUACAUAGAGCCUUGCUUCAUGUCGGAUGCAACCCAAUUCGAUACUCCCACAGGAGGACACUUCCCUAGUCCAUCAUACAAAGGGACCGUUGGCAAGAGCUUCAGGUGUCAGUCCAUAUCACAAGUUUCCAAAAAGCUUAAUCUGACCCUUGUGUUGGACGACAUCUUGAUUCAACCUUUCGCUCAGAGUUCAGUGGACAAGGGAAGCUACGGCGAGAUUGAAACCUGUUCUAAGGCUCUACCGACUACACCGGUCCCCUCGACUCCGAAGCCCCAUCCCCCAACCAAGCCCAGUCCCAGCAACGCGGGGAAGAUUGUCGGAAUCGUCAUCGGCGUAGUGGCCGUUGUGGGCACCAUCGUCGCCAUAGCCGUGUACGUGGUGCGGAAGCGGCGGUACAAGGCAGUAACCUAUGGCAACCUCCUCGAGGAUCCUCCUCGCGCCAUAUAGACUAAUUCGGCGAGGUAGAACCACGUCCGCGCGCGUGCCUUACGCGUGCCUCACGCGUGCCACAUGCGCGUCGCACGCGUUCUUAAAGACGAGGCGCGCGCGCAUUUUGGUUACCCCAUUGGUCGAAGGGGCUCGAGAUGCGUGCGUACUAGUUUAUAGCGCGAACGUGGUUCUACCUUUAAAAAAGGUUCCUUAUCUUGGUCGCUGAAUCAGUCUGUAGAACAGUGUAAUCCCGGCGACUUUAAUAUACAGAGCAUAGUCUUGAGCAAAAGAGGGCAGUACAUGUAUACUACGCCAUAGCGGGGGUACAAGCAGACAUGAACAAAGUUUAUUGACUAACGUUUACAUUUUACUUUACUUGUAAAGUACAGUUUUAUCAUCUUUAAAGCGGAUUCAUAAAUACCUCAGACAGUUUAGCUAUUCCUACUGGUCGAGAGCC